UAAGUGUUCUCCAUUCUUAAACCCGACAGACACUCUCAAAAACUAAUCCUUCUAUUUUCGCGUACAUUGUUUCUCCUCGUCAAUCUAUUAACCCACGUAAAAAGCUAUCCAGUUCCAAGUAGAAUUUGUAAUCAUUUGUUUUUGUUGUUUGUUUCAUUGAUCCAUCAUGGAUUCCACCAUUGGUUCUCAGCUUCAAACAUGCAAACCUUCAAACGGCAUGCUAGGGAACCCGGCCCAGAAUGGAGCUACAAUCCUAGAUUCCAAUGCUCCUCCUUCCGUUGUAGUAGCAGAUGCCACCCUUGGGCGCCACCUGGCUCGGCGGCUUGUUGAAAUAGGGGUAAAGGAUGUCUUUUCCGUGCCUGGCGACUUCAAUCUCACCCUUCUCGAUCAUCUUAUUGCUGAGCCUGGGCUCAAAAAUAUUGGGUGCUGCAAUGAGCUGAAUGCUGGUUAUGCUGCUGAUGGGUACGCCAGGUCUCGUGGGGUAGGUGCAUGUGUUGUCACGUUUACUGUUGGUGGCCUCAGCAUUAUCAACGCUAUUGCCGGUGCUUACAGUGAAAAUCUUCCUGUUAUUUGCAUUGUGGGAGGACCCAAUACCAAUGAUUAUGGGACUAAUAGGAUUCUCCAUCAUACCAUCGGUUUAUCAGAUUUUAGCCAAGAGCUAAGGUGCUUCCAGACUGUUACUUGCUAUCAGGCUGUGGUGAAUAACUUGGAAGAUGCGCAUGAACAGAUUGAUAGAGCCAUUUCUACUUCUUUGAAAGAGAGUAAGCCUGUAUACAUCAGCAUAAGUUGUAAUUUGCCUGCAAUACCUCAUCCGACUUUCACUAGAGAGCCCAUCCCAUUUUCUCUGUCACCUAGGUCGAGCAACAAGAUGGGUCUAGAAGCUGCCGUAGAAGCAGCUGCUACCUUUCUGAAUAAAGCAGUGAAACCAGUGAUCAUAGGAGGGCCAAAACUUCGAGUAGCAAAGGCAUGUGAGGCCUUUGUUGAACUGGCAGAUGCUUGUGGCUAUCCGAUUGGCGUGAUGCCAUCAGCAAAAGGAUUAGUGCCAGAACACCACUCUCGGUUCAUUGGAACUUACUGGGGCGCUGUGAGCACUUCCUUCUGCGCUGAAAUUGUGGAAUCUGCUGAUGCUUACUUAUUUGUUGGGCCAAUCUUCAACGACUAUAGCUCGGUUGGGUACUCACUCCUUGUUAAAAAGGAGAAGGCCAUUGUUGUGCAGCCUGAUCGUGUAGUCAUUGCUAAUGGACCGGCUUUUGGGUGUGUCCUAAUGAAGGACUUUCUCCAAGCACUUGCAAAAAAGGUUAACCGCAACCCAACUGCUUUUGAAAACUACCAGCGUAUAUUCAUUCCAGAUGGGGUUCCAAACAAAAGUGAACCCAAAGAACCUUUGAGGGUCAAUAUUAUGUUUCAGCAUGUACAAAAGAUGCUUUCAAGUAGCACAGCUGUGAUUGCUGAGACAGGGGAUUCCUGGUUCAACUGCCAGAAGUUGAAACUACCAGAAGGAUGUGGGUAUGAAUUUCAGAUGCAGUAUGGUUCAAUUGGGUGGUCUGUUGGAGCAACCCUUGGAUACGCACAGUCGGUUCCAGACAAGCGUGUCAUUUCUUGCAUUGGCGAUGGAAGCUUCCAGGUGACGGCACAGGAUGUAUCCACCAUGCUGCGAUGCGAACAAAAGAGCAUCAUAUUCUUAAUUAACAACGGGGGAUACACCAUUGAAGUUGAGAUCCAUGACGGGCCUUAUAACGUUAUCAAGAACUGGGAUUACACUGGAUUAGUCGAAGCAAUUCACAAUGGUGAAGGAAACUGCUGGACAAAAAAGGUUCGCAAUGAAGAAGAGCUGAUUGAAGCCAUUGGAACAGCCACAGGUGAGAAGAAAGAUUGCUUGUGCUUUAUAGAAGUCAUUGUACACAAAGAUGAUACCAGCAAAGAGCUGCUGGAGUGGGGAUCAAGGGUCUGUGCCGCAAAUAGCCGUCCACCAAAUCCUCAGUAGACGAGGAUGGUUUUUCUUUUUCUUUUUAAGAUUAAGAGCACGUUGCAGAUGAAUGAAUGUAUUCUAGUUAUAAUGUUUUUUGUUACUUGUCUAAGAAACUGUCAUCUUACACAAUAAGUGGAUGGCAAGAAUGUUGCAACCGGGAAUUUUUGGAUAUUAUCAUGAAAUAAUUUGAAGUUUAUUUUUA